AUGCUGAUUCUCCGCGAAUCGGAUAUCUCUCCCAUCCUCACACACCUCACGCGUGACCAGUGCACCGAUCUGCUCCAAGCGCUGUGGCAGGCACUUGCAAGGUAUUCUUUCCAGGAUGGUGACAAGGGCGGCAAACGCAUUCACCAGCCCAUCCGAGAAAAUAUCACGACUUCUAGAAACCAUGUAACGCUGUUUAUGCCGGCGUCCAACACCGAUACCGCAACCGGUAUCAAGAUCGUGACUCUGCCUGGCAAUGGUGGGCCGCCUAAAGGCGCCAUCAACGUGUUUUCUCCAGAGGGGGAUCUGGAGGGCGUCUUGAAUGCAGAGUUGAUCACUGCGUUUCGAACAGCCCUGGCGACGAUGAUUCCAUUCCGGCAGUUCCCUCUUCCUGACGACGCGAGCAUUCUGGUGUUCGGUGCUGGGAAGCAAGCAGAAUGGCACAUUCGCCUCGCAUUGCUUCUCGCAGGCGAAAAAAUAGCGAGGGUUACUAUUGUAAACAGAAGCUCUGGUAGCCUGGCACAGCUCAAAAAAAACAUGCACGCAGAUAUGCGUCAAAUGUUCCCUGCCGUGGUAUUUGAAUACGUAGCGAAAGAUUCGUCGACGUUCAGCCCAGAUCACCUCGGCCGGAUCGUAUCCCAGGCUGACUGCCUGUUUUGUUGCACGCCAUCGACGCAACCUUUAUUUCCGGCCUCGUAUCUCAAUCUUGAACCACGUCCACGGUUUAUUUCGCUGAUAGGGUCGUACAAGCCGGGCAUGCAGGAAGUGGAUUCGGAGACUCUUCUCUCUGCUGAGAACACUAUAUUAGUUGAUUCAAAGGAGGCAUGUUUGCAUGAAGCCGGCGAGAUUAUCAAGGCCCAGGUGCCCGAGGGUCAGCUGGUGGAAAUCGGCGAGCUACUGGCUAAUCAUGAUUUAUUAUCGAAGACAUUUGCUCCGGGCAAGAAUGCUGUUUUCAAAUGUGUUGGAAUGGGAAUCAUGGAUUUGGUUGUUGGCCAGCAGCUUCUUGCUAUAGCGACAAAAAGGCAAAUGGGCAUUGUGGUCGAUGAAUUUUAA